GCAAAAUUACCAAGAUUUUCAUAACUCAUCUUCAUGGUGACCACUUUUUUGGACUUCCUGGCCUGUUGUGUACACUUAGCCUUCAAAGCAACCCUGACCCAAACAAACCACCUGUUGAGAUUUAUGGACCAUUAGGACUUCGAGACUUUGUAUGGAGGAGUCUGGAGCUCUCCCACUCACAGCUUCUCUUUCCUUACACUGUUCAUGAGCUCGUACCUACACGAGACCAAUGCCCUGAAGAAGAAUUUAAAGACUUUUCAUAUUUGGACAGAGAUGAGGUGUCUCCCCAAAGAGCACAAGGCAGGAUACUCCACCUGGAUCCAGGAGAAAACUCUUACUUGCUGCUUGAGGAUGAGCAGCUGGUUCUGAAAGCCUUUCGCCUUUUUCAUCGCGUUCCUUCCUUUGGUUUUGUGGUGGAAGAGAAGCCCCGUCCUGGUAAACUCAACGUGCAGAAACUGAAAGAUCUUG